AUGGCACUAACGGAUGUUUUCAGGCCUGCAUGGGCCAUGGAAAUAGUGAGUGGUCUAUUUCCUCAUCAAUCUUUGCCUAUAAACGUGGCUUCUAAAAUGCUCUAUUCUUCGCGGAUAUAUCCACCCGAAAACAAAGAGAAAGGAAAGAUAAAGCCAAGUGGACAGAAGGUGGUUGUGAAACCGCUAAACUGCUUUGUGUUAGAGACCAGUCAAAUAAAUUACACCCCAAUUCCUUAG